AUGUUCCCAAAUUCUUCAGUUUUGGGACGCCCUCCCUUUACUCCAAACCAUCAACAACAUAAUAACUUCUUUGCCCUGUCACCAGCUCUUUAUUCACACCAGCAGCUUAUAGAUGCACAGUUCAACUUUCAGAAUGCAGACUUGUCUAGAGCUGUGUCAUUACAACAGUUGACAUAUGGAAAUGUCAGUCCAAUACAGACCUCAGCCUCCCCAUUAUUCCGAGGAAGGAAGAGAUUAAGCGAUGAAAAAAACCUUCCAAUUGACGGUAAACGGCAACGUUUCCAUUCACCCCACCAAGAGCCAGCUAUAGUUAACCAGAUAGUGCCUUUAUCAGGUGAAAGAAGAUACUCAAUGCCACCGUUGUUUCAUCCACACUAUGUACCAGAUAUAGUCAGAUGUGUUCCACCCUUUCAAGAAAUAUCAUUUUUAGAACCUAGAGAAAUCACACUGCCGGAGGCCAAAGAUAAGUUGAGUCAGCAGAUACUGGAGUUGUUUCAAGCAUGUCAACAGCAAGUAAGCGAUUUAAAGAAGAAAGAACUUUGUCGGACAGUACUGCAGAGAGAAAUUCAACUGUUAUUUCCACAAAGUAGACUUUUUUUGGUUGGAUCUUCCUUGAAUGGAUUUGGUACCCGAAGUAGUGAUGGUGAUUUAUGCCUAGUUGUUAAAGAAGAACCGUAUUUUUUUCAGGUAAAUCAGAAGACUGAAGCACGGCAUAUACUCACCUUAGUCCAUAAACACUUCUGUACUAGACUUUCUGGCUACAUUGACAGACCUCAGCUGAUUCGAGCAAAAGUGCCAAUUGUUAAGUUCAGGGAUAAAGUCAACUGUGUGGAGUUUGACUUGAAUGUAAACAAUAUUGUUGGAAUAAGAAACACAUUCCUUCUCAGAACUUAUGCAUACCUUGAAAGUCGAGUUCGUCCGUUAGUAUUGGUCAUUAAGAAGUGGGCAAGUCACCAUGAGAUAAAUGAUGCCAGUCGUGGUACUUUAAGCAGCUAUAGUCUUGUUCUGAUGGUUUUACACUAUUUACAAACAUUGCCUGAACCCAUCCUUCCAUCCCUACAAAAAAUUUACCCAGAGUCUUUUAGUCCUGCUAUACAGCUGCACCUUGUCCAUCAAGCUCCAUGUAAUGUUCCUCCUUACCUCUCAAAGAAUGAAUCAAAUCUUGGGGACCUCUUACUGGGCUUUCUUAAAUAUUAUGCUACAGAAUUUGACUGGGACAGUCAGAUGAUUUCAGUUCAUGAAGCCAAAGCCAUUCCAAGGCCCCAUGGUAUUGAAUGGAGAAAUAAAUACAUCUGUAUAGAAGAACCUUUUGAAGGAACAAAUACAGCCAGAGCUGUGCAUGAAAAGCAGAAAUUUGAUAUGAUCAAGGAUCAGUUUCUAAAGUCAUGGCACAGAUUGAAAUCCAAGAGAGAUUUGAACAGUAUACUACCUUUAAGAGCUGCUAACCUGAAAAGAUAA